AUGGCAGAAAACAUCGAAGAAGAAGUUACAGACCGAGUUAAUCCGUUUUCGUUUCAAGUAUUUGUGAAAAAAAAACCUUCUGAUGGAGAAGAACAACAGGAUAAGAAAGGAAAGAAAAAGAAAGACAAAGGUGCAUCUGUAUCCAAUGAUUUUAUAGAUAUUUUUAGUGGAGAUCUACCAUUGAGUGUUGAAAGAGGGCGGAAGUCACAAAAACAAAAGGAUUCACCAAGUGCAGCAGAUGACGAAAGCAAAACCCAACCCGCUGCUGUGCAAAAUCAACCUCCUACUUCAAAAGAUGUUCCGCGCGCUGAGCCAGUCUUAUUAAAAACUGCCGUAGCACCUAUUUCCGUGAAUACAGACAUAUUAAACGCGACUAUACUAUUUGAUGAAGGCGCAACCCAGUCAUUUGUCACCCGAGAAACAGCUGAGAAACUGAAUAUGAAACCCGUCGCUUCAGAGAUGAUACAACUUGCUAUGUUUGGAGACACUGACUCGAAUGUCAGAUCAUUUGAUGUGGGAACUUUUCAAAUCCAAACACUCAUUAGCGCUCUAACAGUUCCUGAAAUAUGUGCGCCUCUGUUGAAUCUGAUAACACACUCGCUCGUAAACUUGCCUCACUUACGUGGACUGAAACUAGCGCACCCGGUCCCCAAAGCUGAUUCAUUCCAAAUUUCUGUGUUAAUUGGAGCUGAUUAUUAUUGGGAUUUUAUCGAAGACCACGUCAUCAGAGGACCGGGACCUACAGCUGUUUGGUCUAAGUUUGGAUAUUUGCUUUUGGGACCAUCUGGUAAGAAAAGUUCAAAUAUCAAUACUACUAUUUUGCAUAUUGCUACAACUACAUGA